AUGUCUUUCGCUAUGUAUGGAUCCCUGGUGUUGCUUGCUUUAUUGGCCUUUGCCGAAGGGACAACUGCUGAUCAGCACGCACGCAUGCAUCGACACAGAGAUUUACCGGCCAGUGGGAACACAUUGAAUUGUCCAGUGCCGUCUGUGACCGUCACAGAGUUCCUGCAGGCCGCUGUUGUCAGGUCUCUGGUCACCAGCAACACCACAAUCGACCCCUUUCACAACGGCAACUUCCUUACCAUAACCAAUGCGCCAACAACGGUUGAAAUCACGUCCACUAUCACUGCGACUGACUCUGCUCCUGCUUCCAGCACUACGACUUUCUCAUCUGCCUUGACGCAGUCAAUGACACAGCCGACAAUGACAAGCAGCGACAAGACGAACUACGGCUCUUCAACAUACAAUACAGUCAGUACGACGUCAGCAGCAUCUACGAGUGGUUUGCCUUCAGCGACUACGUCUACGCAGGACGAUGUGAGCUCGUCGACAAUCGUCUCAUCGUCAUCUGUUAGCUCCAGUGCAGCGUCGAUCGGUACUAGCACAACGUCGAGCAUCACAAGCACACUAUCUAUCAGCAUCAGUACGACUUCCGCAGCUACCAGCACAACGCCGACGAGCACCCAAAUUUCCGUCGGAGCAUUUAUCCUCCAGGUCGGCAAUCUCAACCCAACCUGGUCCAGCCAGUAUGCCGCACUUGAGAACGUCACAAACGACUUCGGGGACCCCAUCCCAGUAGGAUACACAUCAUGCCCGCUCAAUCCGCAACAGUUUAUCCUCCAAGACAACAGGCUUGACCUCGCCGACGGCAGUCUUCGUCUUUUGAGCCGCUAUCUCAAUCCCUCGUUACCUCCAUUUCCAGCCAUUGCCUAUCGUUGGGAGUUCUGGACCAGUGUUGAUGACGCUAACGGGUAUCUGAUCAAUCACAACGUUACAAAUGCGUACUACGUUGAGACACAAUGCAGUGCCACGAGCGACUUCAAGCUUAGUUGUACGGCUUUCGAUGUGAGUGGACUCGAAGGCAUUGACGGGCGCCUUGCGCCACAUAUCUAUGUCGGCACCGGAAGUGUGGGCUUCAUGCCGAUGGAUCUCGAUAUCAUCUACCUAUCCAACGACACCAGCACGACAUCUUUUAGCACAAGCACAACAUCCAGCAGCAUCAGCACGGCACUUAGCAGCAUUAGCAUGACCUCUACCAGCAGCAGCACAAUUCCUACCCGCAGCAGCACAGUAUCUACCAGCGUCAGCACGACAUCCAACGGAAUCAGCACAGCUCUUGCGUGCCCCCUCGAGCUACCCACGGCAGCAGUACCCGGAGCAUUCCUCCUGCAAGUUGGCAAUCUCACCACUGCCUAUACUGGCGAAUGGGUCGGCGCUCAACAAAGUGAAUCGCGCAACAACGAAACAGUUCUGCCAUAUGGGUACGGAUAUCUCGCGACAUGUGAAUUGAUGUCAAGAUAUCAGCUGAUCCCUCAACAAUUCAUCCUUGAGAACAACAACCUCGUCGCAGCUGCUGGUGUAGGCACAGGGUACCGGCUUUUGAGCCAAUGGAACGAUCCGGUUGUUCGUUAUGAUGACAAUCUGUUUGUCUGGUAUUUUCAGUCCAGCGUCGAAGUUGCUGACGCGGCUCUACCUCGUCACAACGCCCAAGACGACCAGUCAUACUACGUUGAGACACAGUGCCACGCUACAGACGACCUAAAGCUGUCUUGUACGGCUUUCAAUACGACAGGAUUCACGGCCCGCAACGACAAUGUGAACAACACUAGGGCGUCGAUCUCAGUCUUGAUUAUCGGGUCCGAAGACUACGACCUCUUCGUGCCGGUAGAUCUUAACAUCAUAUACCUUCCUUACUAG